AAGCCGUACGAAACGCACGCAGCGUGUGCAAGAAAGGGGCCGUCAUGGAUGCGAACCGGGGGAAAGCGACUGUAGCGAGAUCGGUUCUACAAGAGGACGGGAGCUCUUACAGCGGUUCUCCGUUGGAAACAGCGGCCAUUGGGUUUUUCCGAGACGCCUCCACUGCGGCGUCUGAGCAGGCGAAGUUUGAGCGGCUACCGGGGUAUAUCAGGCCGAAGAACGAGGUCCACGUUAAGGUGACGAAACAGGAGGUCGAGGCCCUAAGCAGGAGCCCCGCGCGCACCGGGACGGGUCGCGAUCGCGUAAAGAUCAUGACGAGAGAAGAAAUUGAGUCCGAGGUGGAGACGGUGCGAAAGCUUUUCGAGCGCGCCGGCGUGCGGGUUGCCGAUGCAGGGGACGAGGAUAUUAAUUCUUUUCAUCCCGGCAACAAAACCGCGGGGGCGUAUUUUCAUCUCCGUCGCGUUUAUGAACUCAACCCCAAACAAGCGCGUGAUUGGGGAUUAGCGCGCCCCGCCGGGCCGUUCUACCCACCGCGGCAGCCGUUCCACGGUUCCAACAUAGGUAGCCCGAGCUCCGGGUCAUGCAUUUAUGCCGAUCCUGCACAAGGUAAAGACCAGUGCCUAGCCGUGCCGGACCCGCUCGUGGCUGUCGUGUCGCUUGAAGCCCCCGGCUAUGCUUGUGCGGGGCCCGAUAUGCUCCCAAAGGGAAACGAAUUCCACCCUGAGGGCAUUCCGCACGCAACGCUGUCGGGCCCACUGCUCGACCGGAAUUAUAAAGACGGCGCUGCCUCAUCUUCCGACGUGCCAUUUUUACAAAGGCAACGCCAGGCAGUGGCGAUAGUGAACCGUGCAAUAAGUGAAUUGGAC